UCUGAGUUAUGAGUUUGGUUCUUUUCCUAGGUAUCUGAUUCCUCCGCAUAUUCGAUGGGACGAGAAGAAAGAGCCCAAGUACACGACACUGCAAGAGUUUUUUUUUGAUAAAAAGACAAGUCCGGAAGAGCAAGGGAUUCGACAUCGAUUUCACACAGUUCCGCUCUGUAUGGUUGAUUUAGACAGUACCAAGUUUGCUUUGGCCCCAGAGACCACUAGAGAGUUACUCAAGAGGCUGUCUCAAAAAUCCCUUAACAAGUACAACAGUGAAUGGUUAGGGUUUCGUUUAUGGUAUCAACAUAAAGAGCGAUGGCGGAUGAUUUUCCAGAUUGGACUAUUGAAGACGUAUCUCCAUAUAUAAAGUAUGAGGCUGGAUCUGUUCCUGAGUAUGCGUUUAUUCCGUGUAUAAGACGCAGUGAGGAUGAAGGGCCUGAUCAAAUUCUCACGCCUGACGAAGAGUUACGCCUCAUGACAAAACAAGUCACGGAGACACAGGGUUUCGACAUGGAUUUCAAGCAGUUCCAUUGCAUUUUUAAUUACCUGCCUCUUGAUUUCAAUGAAAACGAUUUCGUCAUGGAACCAGAAACCUCCCGAGAGUUAAUGGACAGGCUGUCUCGUGGAGCCCUUGAGGGUUACAAUGAAAGAGAGAAUACAAGAUAUGGAUUUGUCAAGGUUAUCAAAGCCAAUCUUUACACCACUGCUACUACUGCCGUAAUGUACUUCAUUACCUUUGAAGGUAAGGAUCCUUCCUAUGAUCAGCCAAGAGGAUUCCGAGCUAAAGUCUGCUAUUUUUAUCAUGAACCGCCCAAGUACAUCUCUUGCAAUCUGAUACCUGAGACAAAAGUUCGCUCCAUUGAAGCUGCGGAGAAAGAAGGUGCCAAGAAACCAAGAUUAACAGAGGAGCUAGCUAGUGUAUAAUACUGGUUCGGUGGUGUGAGACGCAAGCACCGAUGUGAUAAUAUAGUUGACCGUGUCUAGUUAGAUAACGAGAGCUAGUCAGCUAGGUAGACAAGACAUUCUGGAACGAACUGAACAUUAAAAGAAGCAUGUAUACCAAAGAAGACGAUGACGAAAUGUAUAAUUAAAGGGC